GUGAAUGCUAACAAGCGUGAUGCCUUCUUCAGGACAGGCGGCGAUGGGCCCACAACAAAAUUUGACCCCACAAAUCGUUAUCCAGGGCACGACCGCGACCGUGACCGUCUGAUUAAGAAAGAGGAGAACCACAUAUCUCCCAGUGAGAUGGAGAAGGAGAAAGAGCGGGAGCGUAAAUAUGGGGCGGAGACACGCAAAGAACUGGAAGGAUAUGUAGGAUUUGCAAAUCUUCCCAACCAGGUGUAUCGCAAGUCGGUCAAGCGUGGUUUUGAGUUCACCUUGAUGGUUGUAGGCGAAUCCGGGUUGGGCAAAUCCACUCUCAUCAACUCUUUGUUUCUGACGGAUCUCUACAGUGCCGAGUAUCCGGGACCCUCCCUUAGAAUACAGAAGACUGUCAAGGUUGACACCACGCAGGUGACACUGAAAGAGAACGGGGUUCAACUCAAGCUGACUGUCGUCGACACCCCGGGUUUUGGUGAUGCAGUGGACAACAGUAAUUGCUGGUCUCCGGUCAUAGACUUCAUUGACAGCAAAUAUGAAGAGUACCUCAAUGCUGAGUCUAGAGUGAAUCGGUCAACAAAUGCUGACACCAGAGUACACUCCUGCCUCUACUUCAUUGCUCCAACAGGACAUGGACUGAAGCCACUUGAUGUAGAGUUCAUGAAAAGACUGCACGACAAGGUCAACAUCAUCCCUUUGAUUGCCAAGGCUGAUACAUUGACACCAGAUGAGUGCAGAGAGUUCAAGAAAACGGUCUUAAAUGAGAUUGCUCAACACAAAAUUAGGAUUUACGAGUUCCCUGACUGUGAGGAUGAGGAGGAGAUGAAAGUACAGAAAAAACUGAGGGACCGUGUUCCAUUUGCAGUCGUAGGCAGCAAUAGAGUCAUCGAAGUUGGAGGAAAGAGGGUCAGAGGUCGUCAGUAUCCCUGGGGUAUUGUAGAAGUUGAGAAUCUGGAACACAACGAUUUCAUUGCUCUCAGAAACAUGGUCAUCAGAACACACAUGCAAGAUCUGAAGGAUGUCACUAACAAUGUGCACUACGAGAACUUCCGCUACAACAAACUGGCCCCAACCACAGCUGAAGGCAAAGUUAAGCCUGGCUCCCUGACCAAGGAUCCCCUGUCACAGAUGGCGGAGGAGAGGCAGGAACACAAUGCCAAGAUGAAGAAGAUGGAGGCAGAAAUGGAGCAGGUGUUUGAGAUGAAGGUCAAGGAAAAACGCCAGAAGUUGAAGGACUCCGAGGCUGAUCUUCAGAAACGCUCCGAACAAAUGAAGAAGAGCCUGGAGCAGCAGCAGAAGGAGCUGGAUGACAAAUGGAAGGAGUUUGAGAAAGAGAAAGCUGCCUGGGAGGAGCAGUGGGGAGAGAGGAGUCGUUCCCUGGACAAUCAGAAAGAUAAAAAGACCAAGAAAGGCUUGUUCUAG